AUGGAGACGCCUGGGUUUUCCCAGACUGACGAGGGCCUGUCGCAGGGCGAUAUCCCCCUUCGUCCUCAUACCGAUGGUCCAUCUAUUGUCGUGCCUACCGCGCAUCCGCCGGCUCUUCCGGGCACCUCGUCGCAUAACCCUCAGAAACCCAGAUUGGCCACCCGUCCCGCGCAUGCCGAGAAGAAACAGCUUCUGUCCACGGGGAGCAGCAAAGUCGCCAUCCCUCGACAGCGUUCGGCUGCAGCCCCGCGAUAUACCAGACGUGUCCCGCUGGCGUGUGAGUCGUGCAGGCAACGGAAGACGAAAUGUAGUGGUGAUACGCCCGUGUGUCGACAGUGCAAGGAGUUGAGGAUAAGUUGUCGGUAUCCGAUCUCUUGGCGGGAGCGGACGAAAGGGGAAUUGGAUAAACUUGCUGUGAGGGUUACGGACUAUGAGAACUUACUGCGAGAUCUUGGUACUAUUGUCGAUGGUCGGGCUGCGGAGCGUAUUAGGACGGUGUUGGAAAAGCACUCCUAUAACGGCAGCGGUAGCGGUGAAGGCACUCAGUCCAGUUCGGUGACACCCCAGGACGAAGACAACGAAGAUGAGGUGACUUCUCCUUCGUCCAUCGGAUCUUUGGAUGCGAUCGAUCGGGUUGAGGAAGAUGUGAACCGCACUCCGAGUUCUAGAGCCACUGGUUAUAUGGGAAAGAACUCUGAAGUCACUUGGAUGCAGCGGGUGCGCAUGGAGGCCGAGCAUCGUGCUCGCAGACUGCCAGGCCCCUACGAGGUUGAACAUGAGGGCGAGUUUGCCAUUCACUCCGUCAACUACCAUCUAGACGACAUGGAUAUCUCUGUGCCAGGGCCUGUGCAUGUGUACUGGAUGCCGCCACGCAAGGUGGCAGAUAAACUCUUCGAAGACUACCUCGAUACGGUCCACCCAUUUUAUCCUAUCAUCAGCCGGACCCUCUUUCGGGCGCAAUACAAAACGUUCUUCGAGAGCGCUGCACGGCCAGGAGACAAGUGGUUGGCUAUCCUGAACAUGAUAUUUGCCAUUUCCGCCAAGCAUGCCCAUCUUACGCGGGCCCCGUGGCGGGGUGAUGAGAAUGACCAUCUGGUGUAUCUGACGCGAGCUCGGAUCUUGAGCAUGAACGGCGACGUGCUUUUUAGUCACCCUGAUCUCCAGCAGGUGCAGGUUGAAGGUUUGAUUGCCUAUUAUCUACUUGCAUCGGACCAGAUCAACAGGGCUUGGAGAAUUGCUGCUUUGGCUGUUCGCUCCGCAGUCACUCUCGGAUUGAACAUGAAGAACUCCAGCGAAGGAACGGCCAACAUAUCCAAGGAGGCACGCUAUCGGGUGUGGUGGUGUCUAUACACGUUUGAGCACAUGCUGGGCAUUAUGACUGGCCGAGCUACAACCAUUACUGACGGUAUCUGUACUACACCGUUCCCUCUCCCCUUUGAAGAAGAUCAAUUGGUGGAAGCCGCAGCGACCAAGCUUUUGAACGAGCCCGAACUACGCCAGGAGUACAUUGAUACGGCCCUCGCCUGCAUCUCUGUGCGGCAAAUGCCAUCUAAUCCCAAAGGGGGUCGAAAUGCUCAGACGACAGAUAAACCGCGCGAUCCCGCAUGGCUGAGAAGCCUUCCGCCCUCAAGUGCUCUUGGAUUCCUGUACUACGUCGACCUUGCAGUUAUUUCGCAGGAGAUUGUUAACCGUGUGUACUCACUGGAUUGUGUUUCCAUUCCAUGGGGCCACAUUGAGAACCGCAUUGGUGAGCUGCGAGCCCGCACUGACGUGUGGUACGCCAAUCUCCAUGAGUCCUAUGAUUUCACUCGACGGGAAGACCAGCCAGCAGAUACCUUGCGUGGCAAGCUCUUCCUCGCCUUCCACUACUACAGCGCGCGAAUUACGUUAGGACGACCGUGUUUAUGUCGCCGUGACGCACGACAGACGGCGUCUAACAAGAAGGAGACCUUCAGCCAUGAGAUGGCGGUGAUAUCACUAGACUCUGCCCGAAAGAUGCUCGACUUGAUCCCUGAUGUGCCUGACGCUGUUCGUCUCUACGAUAUUUGCCCGUGGUGGUGCAUUCUGCACUAUCUUAUGCAGGCAACGACCGUGCUGCUGUUGGAGUUGUCUUUCGGCAGUAUUCAUAUGCCAGAUGAGGAGGUAAAUUUCCUACACGCCGCCAAAAAAGCCAUUCGCUGGCUCUUCGCCAUGUCUGAGAACAGUCUCGCAUCUCGGCGUGCAUGGGAGUUAUGUUAUGGCAGCCUUCGGCAGAUCGCUGCAGGUAUGAGCUACGACAUUAGUGACUUGCCCGCGUGUGGCUUUGAGGCUCAGCCUCAGGCCCAGGAUCAGAGCCAGGCGCUCAAGGGUACACAACCUGGCUAUUCGAACCAGCCGGAACAAUCCAUACAGGCGGGACCAACCUUCUACAACCCUGCGGCAUCGAAUAUGAACAAUUCAUCCUCAGCUCCUCUUCAGAUGAAUCAGCAACCCAACAUUUUGUUCGCUCAGAUCGACCAGGCUUUCCAGGGCUUGGCGAUGCCAGCCUCCAACCCGUUGUCCACGAAUUCGGAGUUGAACUCCGGUCCUGGGGACUCGUAUUUCCCGUACGAUCCGAUCAGCGGGGAAUUCAUCCGCUCAUUCUUCCCUUCCUCUAACGACGAGGAGCCAUGGGGUGAAGCGUGA